AUGUUACAAAAUUUUAUUUUAAAAGGAUUUCAAGUUAAACUACCCAGCAGGACGAAGAUCUUAAAUAAAUUAACGAUUUACAACCGACCUUGCAGACACUGUGCGUCCAGGUUAUAUUCUAGUCAGAAAAUUCAAGUUUUACAUUGUAAUCUUGAAAGAAAAACCCUUAGUAAAACCAAUAUUUUCACUGUGAAAACUAGACGCUAUACCAGUGAAGUUGACGCUCAAAAGAAAAAUGGACAGAUUGAAACUCUAAAAGAUAAAACUGUGAUAGCAACUAACGUAAAACUAAAAUCAUCAGAGUUAAGAAGAUUAUUCAGUCUAGCUGGUCCUGAAAAAUGGACUCUUACAGGUGCUAUUGGUUUUCUUAUCAUAUCAUCAAGUGUGACCAUGGCAGUACCAUUUUCACUUGGGAAAGUUUUAGACAUUAUUUAUGAUACAACCAGUGAUUUGGGGGCUGCAAGAGAGAAACUUGACUCUUUGUGUCUAAUGCUCUGUGGGGUGUUUCUUCUUGGAGGAUUGUGCAACUUUGGCAGGGUUUAUUUAAUGUCAAUAUCAGGACAAAGAAUGACACAGGCCCUCCGUAAGCAAGUGUUUGGUGCAAUAAUGCGCCAAGAAACACAAUGGUUUAGUAAAAAUUCAACUGGAGAACUCGUAAAUAGAUUAUCUGCAGACACUCAACUGGUUGGACGAAAUCUAAGUCAAAAUGUUAGUGAUGGAUUAAGGUCUUUUUUUAUGGUGGGCGCUGGAACUGGCAUGAUGUUCUAUAUGUCACCAUCGCUAGCUUUAAUUGGUUUGUGUGUGGUACCUCCGGUAUCCGUACUAGCUGUUAUUUAUGGACGAUUCGUUCGAAGUAUUACUAGACAAUUACAGGAUACACUUGCUGAUACAAGUGAGUUAGCCGAGGAAAAAAUAUCAAAUAUUAAAACAGUGAAAGCAUUUAGUAAAGAGAAGAGAGAGUGCGAAUCGUAUGCGCAAAGAAUAGAGAAUAUAUUGACAUUGGCCUAUAAGGAGUCGUUGGCUGUGGGGAGUUUUUAUGGAUUGACGGGUCUAUCUGGCAACACAAUAAUAAUCCUAGUACUUUACUAUGGGGGUGGUAUGGUGGCCACAGAGCAACUAACAGUGGGUAAUUUAACGUCGUUCUUACUCUAUGCGGCAUAUGUGGGCAUAAGUAUUGGUGGACUUAGCAGUUUCUAUACAGAGAUGAAUAAGGGCAUUGGUGCUGCGACACGGCUUUGGGAAAUUGUGGAUCGGGAGCCGAAAAUUCCAGUUUCCGGCGGUCUCAGACCAGUGGACCGUCCUCAUGGCGAAAUAAUAUUAGAAAACGUAACAUAUAAUUACGGUGGGGCGCCAUUGCUGAAGGGUUUGAAUCUGCAUCUCCAUCCGGGGAAGUCGGUGGCUCUUGUGGGGAGAUCAGGGUGCGGAAAGAGCACCAUCGCCUCUCUCAUAUUGAGGCUGUAUGACCCUGAGAAUGGGAGGAUCCUCUUAGAUGGUCGUGAUAUUAGGGAGUUGGAUCCUGUGUGGUUGAGGAGUCAUCUAGGUUUUGUCAGUCAGGAACCGGUAUUAUUUACUGGAUCAAUAAAGGAAAACAUUUUGUAUGGCCUGGAUGAGGAAUCAACACUGGAGGAAAAUGAUAAGGAGGAGGCAUGGCUCCAAGCAGCAAAAGCGGCUCAGCUGCAAGAGCUGGCGAACCAGAGCAGAGCGGGUUGGGAGAGGCAGGUGGGAGCGGGGGGCUCCGAGCUCAGCGGGGGUCAGAAGCAGAGGGUGGCCAUCGCAAGGGCUAUUGUUAAGAAUCCAAAAAUCCUCAUCCUAGAUGAAGCUACCUCAGCAUUAGAUACCUAUUCCGAAUAUUUAGUCGACAAAGCAUUAAAGGAGAUAAGCAGAGAGCGCACAGUACUGACGAUAGCACAUCGACUUAGUACCAUUCAGUCUGCGGACGAGGUCGCGGUGAUAGGCAACGGCGUGAUCGUGGAAAAGGGCUCCUACAAGGAAUUAAUGGAGAAACCGAACGGAUAUUUCAGAGAGCUCAUAACGCAUCAGACAUUUAUGAAGCCUAAAGAAAAAAGUUAA